AUGAAACUUUUUGGCGGCAAAAAAUUGUUUAUAUGGCUUGGCAUUCCCUUUCUAUACGGCUUAGCAGUAUUUGUAUGGUCAAAGCCAAUUACAUUCAGUGGCAUUUACUUUAGCUGGUUCUUCAAUCCGCACAUUGGAUAUAUUGAUGACGUCAAUCAAGAAUAUGAGAACACCUUUCAUUCAAUUCACAAUUUAUCAGUCGUAUUUUUUUUGUUAAUUACUUACUUAACAUUUUGUAUAAUUUUUGUGAUUAAAUCAAAGCAAGGAGGUUUUCAAUCACAUCAACAAAGCUAUUCUGAAAAAAUGAUUUUUUUCCAAAUUAUUUUGAUUAGCUUGUUUAAUAGUGUCGCUGCUUCGAUUUAUGUUUUUAUGCAAUAUAUCCAUUUCAAUGACGUAAUUAUUAUAAUUGGUCAGAUUUGUUGGUUGAAUGCACACGGAAUACCUCCUGUCAUUUAUUUAACAAUGAACAAGUCGAUGCAACGAGAUUGUCUUGGAAUAUUAAAAAAGUUUGGCAGUACUACAUUAAAAUUUUACAAAAAUCUACACGCAAAUUCUAUCCAACCUUUGAUUCUUGAAAUAAAUCCUCCAAGGGAAGAUAAUCAAGUAAACGUACGAAAUCAACAAAACAAUCAAAAUUGA